AUGAGCUCGCAGGCGCUUCAGGCGGUGCCACCACAGUUCAGCCGCGUUGGCAGAGACAACUUCACGGCGUGUGCGGCGAGCGUCAGACUCCGAGGACGCCAUCUAUCUACCGUCAUCCGCGUCGUAUACAGGAUGCCCAACGCACCGGACACCCCGUCUCGAAUGCCUCAGCGCCACGCUCAGGACUUCGCUCCCCUAUUCACGUUCGUCAAUACGUCCAUGAUCUCCCGCAUCCACGCCGCGCGCUGA